CAUAACCAACUGAGGAGGAUCCUGACAGGAAGUCUGUUAAACAUUAACCUUUAUCUGUUUUUACUGUCGUAUUUCCGAGCAUCAGUCCUGAGCUGUGGAUGUUGGCGGCAGGUCGUCACCUCUGAACGUGUCAGACAUCAUCUGUGUUUAAAUCCAGAGUCUUUACAUAAUCACCGUGUUUGUCGCAGCGAUGGCAGCGAGGAGGAAACGCUUCAAACUCCUGCACCGUCCUGUCGCUGCUCGGCGCUUCCUGCGCCUUCAUGGGCUCGCUGUCAGCCGGACCUGUGGCCGAGUGAGUACCGAUCGUUAGCUUCGCCGCUGUGCUCGUCAGUAACUGAUGCUCGUAUCGUGAACGUUUUAGUCAGACUGUUUAUUUUCCCUGUUUAACGUGUUUAUACACACACACACACACACUGCAGAUACACACUGCAGAUACACACAGCUGUGUUCAAAGUGACACUGAUCGUUACUGAUCAUAUCCAUGGAAACUGCUGAACUCUCAUUGAUCGUGCGUCAGAGUUAAGUCCCCGAGUCCUGAAGAGACGAGACAUCUGCUUCAAAGUCAGGACGAGAUGAAACUGUUAACUGUCUCCUAGUGUCGUUUCUCCUUGUCUCCUCGUUUCCUCCAAAGAUCUGAUCCGUGGUGGUGAGGACAGAGGAGACGUAAGCAGUUUGUCUAAGUUUCCUGACAGAGACACAGAGAAAGCAGCAGGACAGAAUGUCCAGUGAUGUCAUGUGAUGCAGCUUCUUGAUAAGAAUAAUAAAUAACAGUAAUGAUAAGAUAAUAACAGCAGCCAUGUUCAUUGAGCAGGAUUUAUCAGAGGACAGAUUUCAGCUGCUCUGAGACACGGAGGCGGGGUCUGAGGAGGCAGACUCCUCCCAGACCCAGGCCGGUAAGAUGGUUCAGCAGCAGAGGAGCCUGAGCGCUGAAGGAUCUGACUCCUGUUCUACUUUUGGAGAACCACAGUAACCCUAUGUCCUGGGAGCUCUGUGUUCUAAUGGGGUAACAGGAAAGUAUGAAACCACAGCUUUCUGUGUGUGAUUUUUAUUUUGAAAAGCAAAAAUGUAAACACUUUCCUGUCUGUAGUUUUAUUUUGGAGGAUUUUCACAAGUUCAACAUCGACGUGUCUCUGGUGUGUGAACACACUCAGUGUGUCCUUCCAGCCUCUGUGGUCAUCAGCAACAUCAGCACAGGAAGCCGCACCAUCCUGCACAUGAACAGUUUCAUCAUGGCCGACUUUGCGCGGCGUGCGGUCGAUGUGUCGGCGGUGGUCUGGCAGGUCCACGGUCAGACUCCAUGUGCAUGUUGUGUGGUUUGUCAGUCCAACGGAUCUCGAACCGUCGUCCUCUCUGACACGAACCUUCCCGAUGUCACCGCACAGGAUUUUUCCAGAGUCGAUCUCCGUCAGUUCAAAUGGAUCCACUGGGAGGGGAGAAACGCUGAGGAGCAGGUGAAGAUGAUCCAACAGGUUGUCGAGUUUAACAGCUCGUUGCCACAGCAACAGAGAAUCACCAUCUCCGUGGAAAUAGAGAAGACCAGAGAGAAGCUGUAUCAGCUGUUUCCUCACGGCGACGUGGUACGAGACGAUGUGUUCGUCAGUAAAGACGUAGCUCGUCACUUUGGCUUCCAGUCAGCUGAAGCUGCUCUCAGAGGACUCUACAGCCGAGUCAAACAGGGGGCUGUCCUCAUCUGUGCCUGGGCAGAAGACGGCGCGGACGCUUUGGGUCCUGACGGUUUGGUCGUUCAUUCAGACGCUUUUCCUCCUGAAGCUUUAGUUGAUACUCUCGGAGCUGGAGACACUUUCAAUGCUGCCGUCAUCUAUGCGCUGUCCAAUGGAGGACGUUUGCAGGACGCUCUGACCUUCGGCUGCAGAGUUGCCGGCAGGAAGUGUGGUUUCCAUGGUUACGACGACAUUGGCAAAUAUUUUACCAAUGACUGAGCAAAGAGUUAAAACUGGCUUCAGCUCCAAACUGUGACAGAUUCAGAGAACUGUGGUUCCAGUUCAUCACAUGUGGAACAUGAACCGACGUCCAGAGAGCGAAACGUGAUUUGAUUCAGAGCUUGAUUUUAUUUAAUAAGAUCAAUAAUAAGAUCAAUAAUUAUCAGUUUUAAAAGUUCAGCUUCAGAAAAAAUGGACUGUUUAUGUUUAAACUGAUGGUUGCCUUAGAAACAGCUGUUUGUUUACUAACAGCUGAUCAUUAACUGAGCUGCUGCUUAUUGAAUGAUGAUGUAAUGAAGUGAGUUUGCUGCUGGUUUUUGUUAAUGCUGACUCGGAGAAUAAAACCUGAUCAAACCGAUCAAACUGAUCAAUAAACCACUGAAAUCA